GCGAGACAGACUACUAGAGUUGGAUAGUUUUGUGAAGAAGAGAGAGGCAACUAGCUAAGGGGAUUCUGACAUGCCACAUGCGCUGAUCUCAUUCAAAAAAUUCGAAGAUGGGCGAUGUAGAGAGGGGGGUAUGGACAACUCGGGGUUUUGCAACGACAACUACAAUAGCGGGGGAAGCGACGAUGACAUGGUGGAUAUUAGUGGAGCUACCCUGGACUUCUCAGAGGAUGUGCCACCAAUUGAGAGGGACCACUUUGGCGCAGUGACCAGUAGCGGCGGCGUGACUAACGGCCAUGCCAAGCUGAUGGACCUAUUAGACGAGGCCGUGCCCGGGGUGGGCACCUACGAGGACUUCAACACCAUCGACUGGGUGCGCGAGAAGAGCAAAGACCGAGAUCGCCACAGGGAGAUUGCCAAUCGUAGUAAGCAGUCCUACUGGGCUCUCCUCCACAGUGUCAACGAUGCCUUCUCCGGUUGGUUGCUCAUGCUCUGUAUCGGACUCCUGUCAGGUGCAUUGGCGGGUCUGAUCGACAUCUCAUCCCAUUGGAUGACGGACCUGAAGGAGGGGGUGUGUCUAGACGGCUUCUGGUUCAACCAUGAGGACUGUUGCUGGAAGUCCAACGAGACGACCUUCCACGACCGCGACAAGUGUCCGCAGUGGAAAAGCUGGGCCGAGCUCAUGGUGGGAGCGAGCGAGGGUGCGUCGGCGUACAUAGUAAACUACCUGAUGUAUGUGAGCUGGGCUCUGAUGUUCGCCUUCCUCGCCGUCUCAUUGGUCAGAGCCUUCGCACCCUACGCCUGCGGAUCAGGAAUACCAGAGAUUAAGACAAUCUUGAGUGGUUUCAUCAUCCGUGGGUACCUGGGCAAGUGGACCCUGAUGGUGAAGACGAUAACCCUGGUGCUGGCGGUGUCCUCGGGCCUGAGUCUGGGGAAAGAGGGCCCCCUGGUGCACGUGGCCUGCUGCUGCGCUAACAUACUGUGUCACCUGUUCACCAAAUACCGAAAAAAUGAAGCCAAGAAGAGAGAGGUGUUGUCUGCAGCUGCAGCGGUGGGGGUUUCCGUGGCGUUCGGGGCUCCCAUUGGAGGAGUGCUCUUCAGCCUAGAGGAGGUGAGCUACUACUUCCCGCUGAAGACCCUGUGGCGCUCCUUCUUUGCCGCCCUGGUGGCCGCCUUCACGCUGCGCUCCAUCAACCCGUUUGGCAACAGCCGGCUGGUGCUGUUCUACGUGGAGUUCCACGCCCCCUGGCACCUCCUGGAGCUGGGGCCCUUCGUGCUGCUGGGCGUCUUCGGCGGCAUCUGGGGCGCCAUGUUCAUACGCGCCAACAUCGCCUGGUGCCGCCGACGCAAGACCACCGCGCUGGGACGCUACCCCGUCAUGGAGGUGAUGGCGGUGACCCUGGUGACGGCGGUGCUGGCCUUCCCCAACGAGUACACGCGCAUGAGCGGCGCCGAGCUCAUCUCCGAGCUCUUCAACGACUGCGGCCUGCUGGACUCCUCCAAGCUCUGCGACUACGGCCCGCUGGAGGGAGUGUCCAACAUCACACACUCCAGCAACGAGCUCCCUGAUAGGCCGGCCGGCGCCGGGCUCUACACCGCCCUCUGGCAGCUGGCGCUGGCAUUGGUCUUCAAGAUCGUGCUGACGGUGGUCACAUUCGGCAUGAAGGUGCCCUCUGGUCUCUUCAUCCCCAGUAUGGCGGUGGGGGCCAUCGCUGGGCGUCUGCUGGGCGUUACCAUGGAGCAGCUGGCCUACUACCAUCGUGACUGGCCCCUCUUCAAGGGCUGGUGCUCCCAGGGCGCCGACUGCAUCACGCCCGGACUCUACGCCAUGGUGGGAGCCACCGCGUGCUUAGGUGGCGUGACGCGCAUGACCGUGUCGCUGGUGGUCAUCAUGUUCGAGCUGACUGGCGGCCUGGAGUACAUUGUGCCCCUGAUGGCCGCCACCAUGACCAGCAAGUGGGUGGCGGACGCGCUGGGCCGUGAGGGAAUCUACGAGGCGCACAUCCGCCUCAACGGAUACCCCUUCCUGGAGGCCAAGGAGGAGUUCGAGCACAAGACGCUGGCGAUGGACGUGAUGCGUCCGCGGUGCGGCGGGAUCGGCGCGGGGGGGCGGGGUCGGCGAGGGGACCCGCCGCUGGUGACGCUGACGCAGGAGGGCAUGCGGCUGGAGGAGGUGGAGGGGCUGGUGGUCGGCUCGAAGUACAGCGGCUUCCCCGUCGUCGUGUCGCAGGAGUCGCAGCGACUGGUCGGAUUCGUACUACGGAGAGAUCUGCUAAUAUCAAUAGAUAAUGCUCGUAAACACCAGGAGGGUGUUGUGAGUGCGUCGGAGGUGGUGUUCAGCGACCCAGCACCCCCCCAGGACCCAAGUGGGCCCCCCGCGCUGAAGCUGCGCUCCAUCCUGGACCUCAGUCCCUUCACGGUGACGGACCACACGCCCAUGGAGAUCGUGGUGGACAUCUUCAGGAAACUUGGACUCCGCCAAUGCCUCGUCACACACAAUGGGAGGUUGCUGGGCAUUAUAACCAAGAAGGACAUCUUAAAACACAUGGCUCAGAUGGCCAACAGAGACCCGGACUCUAUUCUCUUCAACUAAAGAGACAAAACACUUAAACACACACAC